AUGGCCGCUGCUGCUCACAAGAACUUAUUGGCGGUUUGGGCGAAACAGCCACGAGAUAUUAAUGGGAUUAAAGCUGCUCUAGACAAUUUGUCGAAAGCUCUUGCCACCGACACCUCUUUGAAUGACGAACAAGCUCUUUUGGCCGACAAGGAUCUUGUCGAAAUCACAGCUCUUUUCUCUAUUAUUACGGGCGACAUGGCGACUUUCCAUGCAACCAUUCAAUCGGUUUUUAAAAUCUAUGAAAUGGCUCCAAAGCAUACCGAAAACAAAUAUCUCAUGAUCGGCUUAAACUUGAUGUUUUAUUUAGCCCACAAUCGUUUGGCCGAGUUCCAUAUGCUCUUGGAGCAAGUUCCUCAUUCGGAGCAAACUUCCAACGCUUACAUUGUGACCCCGGUUCGCAUCGAGCAAAGCAUCAUGGAAGGCGCUUACAAUAAAGUGAUCCUCACGGAAAAGAAUAUACCAAGUCCUUUCUAUGAACCAUUCAUUAAGACUAUGGUAGAUACUAUAAGAGGCGAGAUUGCAUCGUCCAUCGAGAAGUCGUUCAAAUUUCUCAACAUCAAAGAUGCUGCCGUGAUGCUUCUUUGCGAUAACGAGAAGCAGCUUGCGGAGUUCGCGAAAAUGAGAAACUGGAAGCAGGAUGGUAAGAGCUUCGUGUUCGACAACGUCGAAGUCGCUCAGGACAAACCGCCAACUCUCGACACAAAGCGCAUCGCCACCCAAACGAUAUUCUACGCAAAGCAACUCGAGCAAAUCGUUUAA